AUGUAUGAAAUAGAAAUGGUCAAACUUCUUAUUUUACAUGGAGCGUAUGUCAAUGAAAAAUGUACACUUGGAAAAACACCACUUCAUGAAGCAAUUACGAAAAAUAGAGAAAUUGUUGAAGUGCUUAUUUCUCAUGGAUCAAAUGUCAAUGCAAAAGAUAAUAAUGGAGAUACUCCAUUAUAUUUGGCAGCACAAUUGAGUAAUAAAGAAAUAUUUGACCUCCUUAUUUCAUAUGGUGCAGAAAUGAGUUUAUAUGACAAAAUGAAUUUUUUAUUCAUGCGCCUUCUCAAUUUAAUUUCACUCUUGUAUACUUUUUUAUGCAGGUGGCUAAGAUAA